AUCGAUUUUCCAUGAAUAAUGAAGGUUAUGUUUAAUGUGUUUGCAUCAUUAAAACAAUAAAAAAUAUAAUUGUGUUUGUGAAAAGAUUUAUUGGUGCUUUAAAAUUAUGCCUGCUCUAGAAGUAGCAAACGAUAAUAACGAUGAUGCUUCACAACCAAUCAAUCCGGUGGUUGGUAUAAUUUAUCCACCACCUGAAGUAAGAAAUAUCGUUGACAAAACCGCUAGUUUUGUCGCUAGAAAUGGGCCAGAAUUUGAAGCCCGUAUCAGGCACAAUGAACUUGGGAAUCCUAAGUUCAACUUUCUCAAUCCUGGAGAUCCAUACCAUGCUUAUUACCAGCACAAAGUCAAUGACUUCAGGGAAGGAAAAGGUCAAGAACCAUCUGCAGGGUUACCAGCUGCUUUGAACAAACUUUCAGUUUCUGCAGCUGCACAGCAGAAGCAGCAAGAGAUCUUGAGACAAAUCGAGCAACCUUUUGUACCUAAAGAUCCCCCACCAGAAUUUGAAUUUAUUGCAGAUCCUCCAUCAAUUUCUGCUCUCGAUUUGGAUAUUGUCAAAUUGACUGCUCAAUUUGUGGCUCGUAAUGGAAGACAAUUCUUGACGCAAUUAAUGAACAGAGAACAAAGAAACUUCCAGUUUGAUUUUCUGAGACCACAGCACUCUCUCUUUCAGUAUUUCACAAAACUAUUAGAACAGUAUACAAAAGUUUUAAUUCCACCGAAAAGUAUGCAGCAAAGAUUACGAGAUGAAGCUAAAAGUGCAAAAGCAGUUUUGGAACAAGUAAAGUAUCGCGCGGAAUGGCUUCGUUAUCAGGAGGCACAAAAAGCGAAGGAUGAAGAGGUUUUAGAAAGAGAAAGAGUGGCAUAUGCUCAAAUUGACUGGCACGAUUUCGUUAUUGUGGAGACUGUAGACUAUCAACCAUUUGAAAUUGGCAAUUUUCCUCCACCAACUACCCCAGAAGAAGUUGGAGCUAGGAUCUUGAUCCAAGAAAGAAUUGAAGAAGGUGAAGAUAUUGAAAUGCAGUUAGAAAGUGAUGAGGAAGAACAAGCCGAUGAAGGUCUGAGCUCGAUGCAGGACAAGACGGGUAGGAAGAAGGACGACAAUAGGGUUCAAGACAUGGAAGAAGAAAGUUCUGACGAAGAUAGUGACGAUGAGACCACCAAACGUUCAUCUCAACCUACCAUGCAACCUCCUCUACCUCCUAUUCCGGAUAAGGUAUUAGUCAAGAAAUACGAUCCUAAACAAGCCGUUAAAGUUGCAAGGCCAACUGUCGGCGAUGACUAUUUGAUUUCUCCCAUAACGGGAGAAAAGAUCCCUGCCAGCAAAGUGCAGGAGCAUAUGAGGAUAGGAUUACUGGAUCCCAGAUGGGUCGAACAGAGAGAUAAGCACGUUUCGGAGAAGAUGAACCAAGAAACGGUAUAUGCAGGUGGUACCUCCAUUGAUGCAAGUCUUAAACUGCUCGCAGAACGUCGUACUGAUAUUUUCGGUGUGGGAGAUGAAGAAACGGCGAUUGGUAAGAAGAUCGGGGAAGAAGAUGUUAGAAAAGAUGAGAAGGUUACUUGGGACGGUCAUACGUCUAGUGUUGAGGCUGCUACAAGGGCCGCAAGAGCGAAUAUCACUCUUGAAGAACAGAUUCAUCAAAUUCACAAGGUGAAAGGAUUAUUACCCGAUGAAGAAAAGGAGAAGAUAGGGCCCAAAAAUGUGCCUAAUAAGCCAGUUGUUAAAUCCUCUCCUAUUGUUACUAAAGCUCAACCAGUUCCAAAUCCUACUCCUGUCAAACCUCCAGUACAGCCUGUACAAACUCAAGCUCCUACAAUUGCUUUGACUGUACAACCGCAACCUAUAUUGGCUCCGCAGCCUCCAAUUAUGAUGAUGCCAGCUCCACCAAUGCCUCCUAUGAGACCUCCACCAAUAAUGAUGGCUGCUCCUCCUCCAAUGGCUGGCUUCGUAACACCGAUGCCUCCACAGAUGGGACCACCUCUUGGACCCCCUAUGAAGCAUCCUGCAGAAGCAGCCAUGGAAGAUGAACCACCAAGUAAAAAGGCGAGAAACGAAGACUCUCUUAUUCCGGAAGAAGUAUUUUUGGCUAGAAAUGCUAGUCCAGUAUCUAUAAAGGUAUCGAUACCUGUUGCACCUGAAAAGUCAGAAUGGAAACUGAAUGGUCAAGUUAUGGCACUUACCGUUCCUUUGAGCGAGUCUGUUUCUAAUUUGAAGGUUAAAAUCCAGGAGGAGACUGGUAUGCCACCGGCUAAACAGAAGCUCUUCUACGAUGGUAUGUUCUUCAAAGACUCCAACACUCUGGCUUAUUACAACAUGAUCCAAGGAGGAAUGAUACAAUUGCAAGUUAAGGAACGUGGAGGCAGAAAGAAAUAAAAAAUAUUGGCUAGAGGUAAACUUUGUAAAUCUCCAAUUGAAAUUGUGUAAUUUUCGAUAAUAUUCAUUAUUUCAAGUUGAUCAAAAAAACGGCUUAGUUGUUCUUCUAUUUAGGAUACUGAAAAUUGUGGAAUUUUCUCUCGAAGUGUUAAAAAAGAACGAGGUGUUAUAGUCUUACCAUCUCUGAAAUAAACAGAUAUAAUAUAUA